CCAAGGAGUGAGCGCUUAGUCUAGACUCGCCCCGCCCAGUCUUGGCCUGAGCUUUGGAGGCGAGUGAUUCCCUCGUUCUGCUUCCGGGGCACCGAAGGCGGGAGAUGGCGCCAGUUCGAAAGAGCGACAGGCGCUUGCAUCUGGCUUGCCCCAUCCAGGACAAGCCCCCGCCUUGGGAUGCCGACCCCAGGUUCUGCCGGGAGUUUGGGCCUGAGGAUUAUGGAGAUGAGGACAUAGUAGCUUUCCUUCGGAGGCUCAUGGCACGUGACCCUCAUGGCCGACACCGAAUCCGAAUGAAUGGAAACAGUGGUAGACUACAGCUGUGGCAUUAUGACCCCAGCCUGGAUGAUUUCUAUGAUGAGGAGGAGGAAGAAGGGGAGGGGGAAGGGGAAGGGGCCAGGGGUAGGAGUAAAAUUCAGAGUACCCUUUGUGGUUUCCAAAAGUCCCUUUUAUGCCACCCCUCUAGAACUUGGUCCAGUCCCAGCCCUAGCCCCCCACCCCGGCCUUGGUCAAGUCCCAGCCCCCCACGAUCAGCCUUUUCCCGUGGCCGUCCUCCCAGCCCUCUUGGCCCAUCCCUACUCCAACUGGAAAUGCCCCAGAAGCUGUUGGUGACUGAGGAGGAAGCUGACCGCUUGGCUGAGGAGCUUGUGGCUGAGGAGGAGCGAGCAAAGAGACGAGCAGAAAAGAAACGACUAAAGAAGAAGCGACAGAAGGAGCGGAAACGUCAGGAGCGAAUGGAACAGGAGAGUGGGGUGGGCAAGCAGGUAAUGGAUGGGGCUGCAGCAGCAGCAGGCCCAGCAGCAGGGGCAAGCAGACUUACCUCCAGCCCCCAAAGCCCUAGUCAGGGUAGCAGCAAUGAAGAAGAAGAAUUGGAUUUGUCAAGCACCUUUGUGUCCCAAGCCCGGCGCAAGGUUGGUGACAGACCUCCAAAUACCCGAAGAGAUAAAGGGUAGCCUGAGCCCCACAGCUGGAGCUGCCAGAGCCCGAGCCCACAGGAAGGGAGCAGGCGUCUGAGUCCUCAGCCAGAGGCACUCCCUGGAUUACAGGCAGCUGCCUUAAGGCAGAGCCAAGAGUUAGCAGAGCUGGGUACAGCUGCAGCCUGGAGGGGCUUGUAUCAGGAAGCUGUGCUCCUCUUCACGAAAGCUAUAAAGCUCAACCCUCGGGAUUACAGACUCUUUGGGAAUCGGUCGUUUUGCCAUGAGCGGCUGGGCCAGCCUGGUUGGGCCCUGGGGGAUGCAAGAGUUGCCCUCAACCUGCGACCACAAUGGCCCCGGGGCCUGUUCCAGUUGGGCAAGGCUCUGGUGGGACUACAGAGGUUCAAGGAAGCAGCUGAUGUGUUCCGAGAGACUUUGGCCAUGGAUAAGUCCCAACCAGAUGCUGUCCAUGAACUCCAGCAGUGCCUCCUUCAGCUCAGUCUGCAGGAACAUCAAGGGGGAAUCCACGGUGCAGCUUUGAAACCCAGGACUCCACAGCAGCUACCCCACUCAGAGGCUGGGGUCCAGGGGUUACUCCCUCUAAGUCAUUCUGCUGCAGUAUCCUCUCAGAUCCAAGGCCUCCUGCCUCCUCCACGGUUCCCCUCUGCUUGGCCCAUCACCCAGACUCAGAGUGGUGGUUUCUGGUCCUCCCAGCUUCAGGAUUUCGCCAAGGCAAGGGGCAUUCUAGGACAGCCACCACGCCUGCCUCCAUCCAGAUUUGGUCCCCGACCGUUUAUCCUGCCGGUCCCGGUUCCAGUUCUAUUACCUUCAGUCCAACACCUUCAAUUGCCAAAAACCUGGAGCCUCUAGCAAAGUUUCAAGGCCAGUGCAGCGUGUGUGAGCUUCAUAUGGGCCCCCAUUUAGGACCCUGAAGAUGAUUGCUGUUACUAGGGGCCUGUGUGUCCUAAGGCUCUGGGUCAGGGCUCACCUCCAGCCCGAUGCCUGGUGUCUAAUGAAGGUACUGUACUGGCCAGAUUUGGUUACUGGCAGAUGAGGCAGAGCUUUGUGUGCUGGACCCCCUUGCAUUCCAAGUCCAGGAACUGAGCUUAAUAAAAUGUUCUUCAGCCUCAAA